CCCCCAGUCCGUGUUAGUUGGCAUUUCAGAGUGAAACACUGACUCAUUGCUGUCAAUAUGGCAAUUCUGUUCACCGUUGUGGCCCUGCUGGCUGCGUUGUCCAGUGGGUUAUGUGAGGAGAAAGCCUUUUUGCAGCGAGCUGGUGAGGCCUUUAACAACAGACAGUACACAUCUCUGCUUUCUGUGAACAACGGAGAAAGGUUUGGAAACUGGACCUGGCCUGAGAUGUGUCCCGACAAGUUCUUUGCUGUUGGCUUCAGUGUUAGGGUGGAGUCUAACCAGUACGGGGCAGAUGACACUGCCCUGAACGGGAUCCGUCUCAUUUGCGCCAAAGACGGGAACAGAAGCUUCCUGUACUCUGUUGAAUCCCACACCGGCUACUUCGGUGACUGGUCCCAGCCCCAGUACUGCCCCAGUGGCGUGCUCACCUCUUUCCAGAUUCGGGUGGAGCCCCAUCAGGGUCUGUUUGGUGACGACACGGCCAUCAACAACAUCAAGUUCCGCUGCAGCAGCAACCCCACACUAGAGGGGCCCGGCAUGGACUGGGGAGAGUACGGCCACUGGAGCCAGGAAUGUUUCAGUGGAGGAAUCUGUGGCAUCGAGACCAAGAUGGAGGAAUACCAAUAUGGCCUGGACGACUCAAGCCUCAAUGAUGUGCGCUUCCAUUGCUGUGCUAUGCCUCAGCAGUGAUCGGCAGGUGAACAUCAAGCAGUCCUGAGCAGUUUGAUCCAGCUUGAUCCAUCUCCAACAUCCUGAACUCAAAUAAUAACAAAUAAUAAAAAGCUUAUUUAAAUUGC